AUGGCUACUCCCAAAGCCUCAACAUUAAUCAAACUUCUUGCCAAUUACCUCCAGGUACCAAGCCGUAUGAAGCUACUGAUUUCCUGUACCAAAUAUGUCUUUUCAUACCUGAUGAGACACCACAGCAGACGAGAAAUUGAGAAAGCCCUUCAGUUUCAUCUUGCCGAAACUGAGAUUGAGCUGAGCAACCUCCUGCGUAUUGAUUUUCAGCGUGUGCACAAUGAACUUCUGUUACAUUUAAGUGCCAGCUACACAAAAGUGUUCAAUGGCCUCAAGCUGCUAAGCACAUAUGACGAACACUAUAAGGGAAACAUCGAAUCGACUGAAGAUAUGGCAGAUUAUUUGCAGCCACGCUUGCUUGGCGUUCUAGCAUUUUUCGACUCCCAACUUCUCAUUUCAAGUAUCCCAGUAGAAGAGAAAAAACUCACAUUGAAAAGUUUGACGUCCAUCAUCCAGCUCAUGGGCCCCAAACAUGUUACAUUUGUUCGUUAUAAAAUCAUGAACACACUCCGAAUCGGUCUACGUUUUAAAGAGAACGGAUUUCCAGAAAUCUCCUGCUGUGCUUGGAAUGCCUUCGUAAGACAUGUCGAACUCCCUGCCCUCGGAGAUAUGCUGUCUCCAAUUUCUGCAACGUUACUACCUCUCAUCCAGCAGCUACCUGCCCAGUCAGCUGAGAUUUUCCAGUUUCUCUUUGUAGAAAAUAAAGAAGCCCUUUGCAGCCACUUCCAUGAGAUCUAUUAUUUGCCAGACAUUCCAGAAUUGUCAAAUGUCCAGUUUUGGCUGAAGCAAUAUGCUAGUGACCUCUCGAGCCAGUCAGAUCUCAAGACAAAGAUUUCCCACUCCCUUCGUGGAGUGGCACAUGAGAGUUUAGAUGUUCAGAUUCAUGCCUUGUCUAAACUGAAAAACUUGCUUCAUACCAGCCACCUACAGCUGCACCAAUAUAUGCUUGAUAGUGAAAAUGCUGAUGCAAUUGUAUCACAGUUGAUAUCUGUACUUCUGUCAGUCUGCAGGGUGCCUGACCAGAAGAUCCGUUGUCUUGCUGGUGAAUGCUUAGGAGAAGUUGGUGCCAUUGAUCCAGGAAGGCUAGAACUCAUGUCAAAUAAUCCCAAAGAAGAAAUGGCAAAAUUCCAAGCAAGUACUGAAGAUGAUAAUUUUGUUUUUGGUCUUAUAAAUGAAAUAAUCCGUGCAUUUCUUGCAUCUACAGAGACUAGAGUUCAGGACUGUGCCUCUCUGGCUCUCCAAGACUUGCUUCAGAUCUACAGCAUCAGUGAUAAGGGUGAUGAAAAGGAAGGUCAAGGCUCUAAACUCUGGAAACGAUUUCCUGAACAUGUCCAAGAAAUCCUUCAACCACUUCUUAGUUCUAAAUAUGUGUCUUCCUCUGUGUGUACAUGGGAAAAUCUGCAGAAGCCAAUUUAUGGUAGUGCCAAGGGAUCGAAAUACAAAGACUGGAUUAGCACUUGGACUGCCUAUCUUUCAUCUCGGGUCAGUCAGGAUCGUCCAUUUAAAGUCUUUCAGGCAUGCAGUCCGAUUGCCCGCCAUGAUACCUCAAUUGCUCUUUAUGUCUUGCCACAUAUAAUCCUGCAAGUUCUCCUUGAUGGGGCUGAACCAGACCUACAAGACCUGCACAGUGAAAUCAUGGAAGUACUGAACCAAGUUCGGAAGUCGGACACACGUCAAGGAAGCGUAGCUGAUUUUCGACACAUGAGUGCCCAGACUAUCUUUUCAGUACUUGACUACCUUACCAAGUGGAGAACAAAUCGAGCUCAAGUGAAAGCGUCAGAAAUGCCAUCUUCAAAAGAACCAGUCUACCUGAAAGACAAAGGUUAUAAUACAAUAAAUAUAUUUCUGAAACAAAUUCCUCAAGAUAUCCUAGCCGAAGCCUGUUUCAAUUGUGAUGCUUAUACACGUGCACUAAUGCAUUUUGAACAAUUCAUUCGCAACAAAGAUCGUAACAUCCAGGAUCAUUUGGAUUUUCUGCAGCGGUUGUAUGUUGCUAUGGAUGAACCUGAUGGGGUUGCAGGCGUGGCUGCUAUCCGACAAGCUCAGCCAACUCUGGUGCAGCAGAUUCUAGCCCAUCAAAGUGUGGGACAGUAUCAGGAUGCCGAAGCUUGUUAUGAGAGGGCCGUCCAGUUGGAGCCAAAUGAGAUCAGUCAUCACCACGGUUGGUUAAGAAGCUUAAUAGAACUUGGCCAACUAAAUAAAGCUUUGAUGCAUGCCGAUGGCGUUCUGGCCAAUAAACCUGCUUGGACAUCUCAGCUCAACUCUUACCGAGUUGAAGCUGCCUCAAAGCUUGGUGAUUGGGACAAACUUGAAUCUCAUGUGAAAUUAGAGAAAGAUAACCGGAAUUGGGCUGUGGGUCUUGGAAAGAUUCUGCUGGCUAUUCGAGAUGGCAAAGAAGACAUGGUAAAAAGACAUCUAAAUAACGUCCGCAGCGAACUGAUGGGUCCUUUGUCAGCAGCCACAAUGGAAAGUGGCUCGUAUCUGCGAGGCUAUGAAUACAUUGUCAGGUUACACAUGCUAAAUGAAAUUGAGCAGGUGCAAAAAGUUCUUUUCAACUUUUCCACUAAUGCAGAAAAAAUGGAUUGCGGAGGAGAAUCAGAUAAAAUGAACCUUGAAGACCUUCUCAACCAGUGGGAUGCACGACUGAAGUUCAUGCAGCCUUCUUUCCGUAUCCAGGAACCUAUUUUGACAUUUAGAAGAACUCUUCUGACCCUGAUACCAAAUAAUGAUCAACUGAAGGAACAGAUUGGUAAAUGGCUACUAAGCACGGCUAUGGUUGCUCGAGAGGCUGGUUAUUUGCAAACAGCAUAUGGGUCUCUCAUCCAAGCUGCUUCAUAUAAUCUACCUGAGUUCUGUUUAGAAAAAGCGAAAUGGUUCUGGGGAAAAGGACAGAAUGAUCAAGCUUUGUCCUGUCUUCAAAAAGGAAUGGCAGAACAUUUCCCCGAACAACUGAAAAAGCAGAACACAAAGGCUGCCAAAGAGAAAUUAUUUACCUAUGCACAAGCUCAGCUUCUUUAUGCACGAUACUGCGAUGAAACCUCCAGCAUGGACAGCAACACUAUUCUUCGGCUGUACAAGGAGGUCACCACUAUAUGUCGCGAGUGGGAGGAUGGCUAUUUCUCCCUUGCCAAAUACUAUGACAAAAUGAAGAACAGUAUUCUCGAUGAUGGUGACAACACGCUAAAACAAGGGGAAUUCAUUAUUUACGUUGUGAAAUACUACAGCGUCUCUCUUCAGUAUGGUAAUCAAUAUAUAUAUCAAUCACUGCCAAGAUUACUAAGCCUUUGGCUGGACUAUGGUAGCACAGUGGUUCAGUCUGCUCAGAGGUUACCACCUCAGAGACCCAUCCUACAGAGUCUUAACAGUGUAAUCGACCAACUCAGUCGGAAACUGGCACCAUACCAGCUGUUUACUGCAUUUCCUCAAUUAAUUUCUCGUAUCUGUCAUGCUAAUUCUGAUGUCUUUAUGCAACUUGUAAAAAUCAUUGCCAAGUUGCUGUAUUCUUUUCCAGCUCAGGCAAUGUGGAUGCUUAUGGCUGUAUCUAAGUCGUCUUAUCCCAAACGUGUACAACGGUGUCAGGAAAUAUUCGAGCAAGCUAAACUCAUGAACGAAGAACUUGGAAAGUUUUUAAUGGAUGCCACUAAACUAACCGAACGUUUACUGGAAUUAUCUGAGCGACAUUGUACAAACAUCCAACCCUUGAGCCUAUCACAGCAUUUUAAACCCCUCAAGAGACUUUUAGAUGAUAGUAACUUCAGCCGAAUUAUUGUACCCUUGCAGUCAUCAAUGACAGUCACAUUACCCAUGACUAGUACAGGCAACAAGGCUGAUCAUAACCCUUUCCCCAGUGACCCUGUCUACAUCAACACCUUUGAGGACACAAUUGAAAUUUUACCAUCACUACAAAAGCCUAAAAAGAUCACUAUUAGAGGAAGUGAUGGACAUUUGUAUGUGAUGAUGUGCAAACCAAAGGAUGAUCUUCGGAAAGACUGUCGUCUGAUGGAAUUCAACACAAUUGUUAAUAAGUUUCUUCGCAAAGAUCCAGAGGCCCGUAAACGCCAGCUGUUGAUCCGUACAUAUACGGUGAUCCCGUUAAAUGAAGAAUGUGGGAUCAUAGAAUGGGUAAAUAACACAAGUGGACUGCAGCAUAUUCUGCGUAAGCUGUACCGUGAGAAAGGCCUUCAGAUCAGUAACCGAGAACUGCGAUCAUACAUUCCAUCCCUACAGGCUCCAAUUGAACGCAAACUGGAACUCUUCAGGCAGUUACUGUCACUUCAUCCUUGUGUCUUCCAUGAAUGGUUUCUACGGACCUUUCCAGAUCCCACUGCUUGGUAUAAUGCAAGGCUAGCUUAUGCCCGCACAUCAGCAGUUAUGAAUAUGGUUGGUUACAUGCUUGGUCUUGGAGACCGACAUGGAGAGAAUAUUCUUAUGGAUUCUACGACUGGGGAUUGUGUUCACGUUGACUUCAACUGCCUUUUCAACAAGGGAGAGACAUUUGAGUGGCCAGAACGCGUUCCUUUCCGUUUCACAAACAACAUGAUUGGAGCUAUGGGUCCUAUGGGUUAUGAAGGGAUUUUCCGUCAGGCAUGUGAAGUGACUCUGCGAGUCUUGCGCAACCAAAUGGACCCUCUCAUGAGCAUCCUGAAACCCUUUAUUUACGAUCCAUUAGUUGAAUGGCAGAAGACCAAUAAAAUGCAGCGCUCACAUCAGGUAAAUUCUGGAGAGAUAACAAAUGAACAAGCACUCACCCAUGUACAAAUGAUUGAGCAUCGCAUGCGAGGAAUUCUUGCGUCAAAGACUAAACCGCGAGGACUUCCACUCUCUGUUGAGGGACAAGUCAACAAUCUUAUUCAAGAAGCUACCAGUGAGACUCUCCUCUGUCAAAUGUAUAUUGGUUGGGCAGCUUAUCUAUAA